AUGCCCAGAGCUGGUGGCUGCCUUCCCUUGUUGGACUGCUUGGUAGGCGGGUAUAUCAAGUUACCAGUUCGCCAAUUUAUACCAAAUCCUUUGAGGUGCUUUCAGUGCCAGCGAUUUGGCCACUCAAAAAUUAAUUGCCGCGGGACACUCGCAUGUGCCCGUUGUGCUGAAAAAGGGUAUGAUAGCCAGCAGUGUAACGCAAUAGAAAAGUGCGUGAACUGCGGCGGAGAUCACCCUUCGUAUGCUCGAUCUUUCCCACGCUGGCACUUAGAAAAACAAGUCACAACUUUAAAAAUAAAAGAAGAGAUAACUUAUCCUGAAGCCAGACGUAAAAUUGAAUCCCAGACCCCUACUCCUGGUGUCAGUUAUGCCUCGGCUGUGCUAAAAAAUUUUUGCUCAAACUGUUCUUGUGAAAAUUGCUUGAAACGAACUGUUAAAACUAAUAGCCCUACAAAUAUAUCAGAGUCUGAUUCUGAGGAAUCUAUAAAACGUAAUCCAAUUCCAGAAUUGGAACCCCGAAAUAAAAAAAGAGCACCAAAGAAAAGAACAAAGAACUCGCAGAAGUUAAAGCUUGCGAAAAAUGGCAUUUCAAAAUCAGAACUCCCAUUAAAACUUAAAAGAUCUUCUUCAAAAAAUUCUGUCGCCUUAGGGCUAGCGAAAAAAGGUGUUGUCCACAAGGACUUAUCAUCCAUUUUUGGAGGCACUUUAAAUAGCCCAGAUAUUACAUUGCAUCCAUCAGAGGAUGAUGAUGACCUGGAGAUGAGUUGCGAAAUCCAAGCAACUCCAACUAAUGCCUGCCCCUCAGGGGCUCACCUUCUUUAG